CCUAGGUGCAACAGUUCUUCCCGUCUGUCCAACUGUGUUGUAUGUAUGUGAGUUUGUGUUUCGGAAUCGGAUAUAACCCAGCAACAGCGUCAGAAGGCCAGGAUUGCAGUGGUUAAGACCGGAGGUUGGGACGUCCCGGCCUUAACCAUUCAUCUACCUUUUCGUCGCCCUCCGGACUUGCGGACUUGUUUGUUAAAAUCAAGAGCAGCCGAAAUACACGAGGGAAAAGGCCACAUUUUCAUAACAACAGGACCUUAACUAGCAUAUCAUAAAACUGUAAUGGACUGAAAUAAGUAUGGAAAGGCGCCUAAGCACUACCUCAGAAUCAAGCAAUGAUUCCAGACAAAGAAAAUGGCAAAAUGGCGGCCUAUUAAAUUAUCGAUAUUCAUGUGACAGUGGAGAUGGUGUCCAGGGACGUGUCCCUAAAUCUAUGUCUCCAAAAGUCGCUGUCAACCCAUUACAAUUUGUCAAAGUCGGACCCUGCGACCUCUAUCGUUCAGCACAGGAACAGCUAAAGAAGGUCGAAGAAAUCAAAAAGGUUAAAAAAGUUUGCAAAGAUGAAGGCGAAGACUGGCAGUCUAAUUUGGACAAUUGGAAAUGCAGCAGAAGAAAGCGUCAAGAACACAUCAUCGAAAGGGUAGUUGAAGUCAAGAAACUUGAGUUAGAGGAACAUGAAAGGAAUCGCAGAAAGAGUAAAACGUUUAGUGAGAUGAUGCAAGACCGUAACAUCAGAGGUAGAAAAACAAGUUUACCAGUUUAUCAAUAUGAUGACACAAAUGAUUUGAGCGAUUUGGGACUUACAAGUACUAAAACAAAUAAUGAUAAGACUGAUGGUGAAAAGGUUGAAAAUGGGGAGGAUGAACCAGUAGAAACACUCAAUGACACUAAAACAGAAUGCAAUAACGAUAAAAGAGAGAAAACACCUCCAAAAUCUGACAAUUGUGAACAGUACACUUAUGAAUGGGCAAUUCAAAGUUAUGUCAACUUUACUGAGAGUAGGGUCAAAUCUAAAUCAACACCUUCAAUAAAUGAAGAGCAGAAAAAAUACCCUCCAAUCCCAGCAAAACCAAGUAUCAGAUCAACAGCAAAAGUUGACAACUAUUUGAAAAAUGUGGAACAAAGUAACCAAAACGACUCAGCUGCAAGGCCUGCUAUUGUCCCAAAAGUCAGUGUAAACAAACAGAGGGAGUUGUUUGAAAAAAAGCAGGAGAGUGAAGAAUGCAAUAAGCCGAACAAAACUGCUGAAGUUACAAAAAGUGCUAGCAUUAAAGAGAGGUUGUCUUCACUUGAAAAACAACAGGAAAAUGUUGACAACAGCAAGGAUAGCAAAAUAAAUUUACCAAAUGAGCCACUUGUUAAAAACAGAUUAAUGACCAUAGAAGCUGUUGCAAAUGGCAAACCUAGUCUUCCGAAAAAGGUAGUCGAACCAGUCACUACCAUUUCUAUUAAGGAUCGCCUUUCCAGUUUGUCUAAAACUGAAACAAGCCCAAGUAAAAAUAAAAAUAUUGUCGAACCAACUUUAAGCCUCAAAGACAGAAUGAAUAAUCUGCAAUCAUCCAUGAACAAAGAGAUUCCCAAACAAGCUCUAAAUAUUUCUACUCCUAAUGUGUCAGAAAAAAUUAAAGAAACUGAGUCUUACAAAAAGGAAGAGGAAAUCCAUCAAAACGGCCUAGAAAGAUCUUACAGCCCAGAUGAUAUCAACAGCAAAAGACAGCAGCAUUUCAGACACAGAUCCCUAGACAGUUUGGAUGUGGACAGUGACAACGUUGGAAGUUCUUUUGAAAGAGUCCAGAGUUUAGAAGAUCUCGACUAUUGUAGGAAUUAUCCUCCUUCGACCUUCAGUGGUGACACUGAUAGAGAAGACUCUGGAAUACACACUGCCGAUGUGUCUAGUUCUGUGAGCCAAGCCGAUGACUACGACCUCCAUUUGGACAGCAACGUGCUUGAUGAAAUGAAAACGAACCACCAACCACCAAUAGUGGAAGAGAGCAAACAUUGCGAACUUCAGAAAUAUACAUAUGAAGAACAAAAACCAGUAAGUUCUCCAUCUGAAGAGGAGCAGAAGGUGGGGGAUGUUAAUUCUCAAGACUCACUAAUAAAUAACACUGUCUCUCAAAGCUUUUCUUCUCUUUCUCAACUGCCUGACUCUAAUCUUAACAAGGUGGAGCUUUCUUUAGACAAUUCUAUUAGACCUUCAGAAUCAGUCGGUAUUAACACUUUCGAAGAGGUUAUCAAGGAACAGCCUAACAAUCUAAAUGACACUUCUGAAACAAAGGAAAAUAUUGAAUUAUUUGGUGAUCUCACAAAUGCUCAAAACAUUCAUCUGGAAACUAUUGAGGUACACAAUGGAACUAGUGAUUUCAAAAAUCACCAUUUUGAAACUGUGUCGACUGUUUCUUCACCUAGGGCCAAAUGUGACAGCUUGGAUAACACCAACGACAAAAGUGAAAUUCCAAAAAGUUUCAGCAAAAUGCCAAUUAAAGAAUCCAAUGAACCUUUAGUUCUGAAGGAAAUAAUUAAUCCAGUUGAAGAAAACCAGUACAAAGGAAUAAUCAUGGAUGUCUACAGCGAUACUCAGCAGGAAUGCAUUUUUAAUUUAAAUCCAGUCCAUAUGGAACCUCCAAAAGAAAAGCCACCUCCCCCUCCAAUCGAAGCAAGCGAUGAUGAAGAAACAUCCACUCCAAAUAAGGCUUCAUUGAGACGGCUGGAUUCGACUAAAAGGAUUAAAAAAGAGAUAAGACAGAAGAGAUCAUCAUUCCUUGGAAUCGAAGCAAAUGAGGAUGACUCAUAUCUUGAUCCAGAGUUGGAAUUAGUCAGGCCACCUGAUAUAUCAACUUUGCUGGCAGAGGAAAGAAGAAUUGACAGACAGCUGUACAGGCAGUCGGUUUGUUCCGAAAGUGACUCAAACCAGGAAAGUCGUGAUUCUGGAGUCGAACUAGACCACAAGCUCCCUGAUACUUGGAGCAGUCACAGCAGAAAUGACAGCGAGAUUUACGGAAAUCAGAGCACGACUUCGGAAGAGGAUGAGAUUAUGAAGAAGGAACGCGAAAUCAUUGAGACCCUUGAACAAGAAGAGAAAAUAAGAAAGCAAGACCUUGGUGAAAAACUUGCAAUGAGAUUGAGAGAAUUGGAAGUUGAGAAAGAUAGAAUAGAUUGGGAGCAUCAAAAUAAUGAAAUUCAGAACUACCACAUUCAUCCAUACAAAGAAGAAAAUAGUGCAUUGUUGAAUGAAAAUUUAUUGAUGAGAGAGAAAAAUAGGCAUGAAAGGCCAUAUCUUCAAGAGAAAAUACACCCUACACCUUGUAACAAGUGGUAUGAUCAGAAAAUGGUUGCACAAGAAGCUCCACUUCCGGUGACAAGAAGGCCAGAUUACAAUGACAACAAAUAUCACAACCAUUACAGAAAAUCUCUCCAAGAUUUGUCCCAUGCUAUGCCCGGAACGCAGAUGUUACCCAUUAAUUAUGACAACGUUGCACACAGGCGUUCAAUGCCUAAUCUACAAGAAAUGCCAGCACGGCGCCAGCCUCCUCCUCCACCAAUAAUACCAGAAAAGCCACAUCACUUCCACACAAAUAUGAACAACCCAAGCGAUACUGGAAGCCAGCAAAUGACAAGGCAGACUUUACAAGCAUUGAGUGCUGCUCCAAGGUCAAGGCUGAUUAGUAACGACACCUGGCAAGCAAAGAGAAAACAGACAAAGCCAGAACACUACAAUUACCAGCAUUGGCUGAUUCAGGAAGCAGAACACAGGAGAAUUACAGAACAGCAACAGAGACAGCAGAAUUGUGUGCCAGUGCGAAACGGCUCCACACAGCAUCCUUGCCGAAACCUUCAGAAAUUCCCAAAUGGCCAAUAUUAUCCUGAACACCGCCCACAACCUACUAUUCCUGCUCCACACCAACCAUAUAGCAAUCAACAAAGAGUGCCACAAGGUUCAAACAAAAAUAAUAAACCACUUCCUGAUUCUAUCAUUCAAACGCUUACACAAAGAGUGCAACGAAUGAAUUCUGACAAUAACAACAACAGAAGAAGGAUGGAAACAUUACACUCAGAAAACCAGUACACUCCACAAAAAAAUGAUAACAAAGAGAAAAUGUUAAGCGUCAGCGGGAAAAAGAGGUGUUCACAUUGUGGAGAAGAACUUGGAAGGGGAGCUGCAAUGAUAAUCGAGAGCCUGCAACUCUUUUAUCACAUUGACUGCUUCAAGUGUUGCGUCUGCUGUUUACAGCUUGGUGACGGGUUGAUGGGAACUGAUGUUAGAGUUAGAAACAACAAACUUCAUUGUCAUAACUGUUACUCAAGUGACGAUGGUGCCAAAUUUAGCUGUGUAUAGGAAAAUUAGACAGUGCAAAGAAAACAUCACUUGGAGUGCUGUACAUAAAGGAUUUUAGAUUUGUUUAAUAGAUUUUAUGGUUGUUAUAGAGCAUUGUAUAUUGUUGUUUGUAUCUAAUUUGUAAAUGUUGUAUAUGUAAAACAUAAAAUUACACUCAGGGUAAACAAUAAAUGUUCAACCCUGAAAAAUGGCAACACAAUUACUAGAAACAAUAUUUUAAAUAUUUUUAUGGUGAACAUAUAGUAUGGACAGUUUCACUGUUUACAACACAUUUUUGUUUUCCACUAACAUAUUAAGUUCCAAUACAUUAAGCAUGUUACCGUUAUUUUAAUAUAAAUAAGAUAAAGUUCAGCCAUGGAAAAUGAACCUCAAAUGAUUAACCAAUGUAUAUACUGUAAGAUAUUUAUAUUUUUAUGUACAUUUUUCAAUAUGAUGAAAAAAUAAAAUAAAAAUUAUACCUGUAUCAUAACCCUGUGUAAUGAAUAUAUAGAGGCAAAUAUAAUUUGGUAUUAUCCCAAA